AUGGCGACCGUGAUUUUCGUCGGCUCCCCGGAGAAAAGUCCGAAAAGUUGCGCCCAAAAAUUCAAGUCGUUGUUCCUCGUGCCGCCACACGAUGUGAUUUUUCGGGUUUUUGCCGCGUUCGUGCCGCCGGUUUCCAAAAAGUAUCAGAAGGUUUACGUUGAUUUGCAAGGGCCGGUCUUGGCCCUUGUUCUAUUGGCUGCUUUGCUAAAUUAUGGCUACUCGUUUAAACCACGCAAUACGUUUCGCUCGCCGACCGAAACCGUCGUUAUUUACAGCUUAACUAUGCCGCUGUUGGCGUUUUUCGUGUGCAAAAUCGGGCGUUCGUGUAUCACUCUAUCGGAAAUGACCUCUCUAAUCGGGUACGGCUUAUACGGCCACAUUUUCACACUGUUUGUUUCGUUUUUACUGUUUGAGGAAGCCAGCAAUUUUUUCUUCUUCGUGUGUUUGAUCGUCUUUGGCGGGCUAAGCACGCUGCGAAUUGCCUUGGUUGUUUUGGGGACUUUGUUCGUACCAGCGGCACGACUAUUGAUUUGUUCGCUUAUCUCGAUUUGUAAUAUCUUGUUUGUGAUUUUUCUACAUUUUGCCUACAUGCAUCGGACUUUUAUCUCGUAGGAAAUUAACAAAGGAUUGUUACAUAAAAACUCUAAUAAAAUAAAUUACUUUA